GGCUCGCAGAGCCAGAGCCUGUGCGCGGAGCCGGAGCCGGGGCGCCAAGGCCGCUGGAGGGGCGAGGCCAGGCGGGGGGCGCCGGCCUCGCGUAGAUCUCGGGCGGCGGGUGCGCCUCCGGCCGGCGCGCGGCGGCUCAGGCAGUGACUGAGAGUGUGGCGCCGCCGGCGGCGCACGGAGGAUGCAGGCCAUGGACCCUGCUGCGGCGGAUUUUUACGAGGAGGACGGCAAAGACUUAGACUUCUACGACUUCGAGCCGCUCCCCACUCUGCCGGAGGACGAGGAGAACGUGUCCCUGGCCGACAUCCUCUCCCUGCGGGACAGCGGCCUCAGCGAGCGGGAGGCCUGGGCCGUGUGCCUGGAGUGCAGCCUGUCCAUGAGGAGCGUCGCGCACUCGGCCAUCUUCCAGACCCUGUGCAUCACGCCCGACACCCUGGCCUUCAACACCAGCGGGAACGUGUGCUUCAUGGAGCAGCUCAGCGACGACCCCGAGGGAGCCUUUGUCCCCCCGGAGUUCGAUGUGACUGGGAACACCUUUGAGGCCCACAUCUACUCUCUGGGGGCCACGCUGAAGGCAGCCCUCGACUAUGUGACGGAGCCCGAGCCCCAGCCCAGGCUGAGCCGGGAGCUGGAAGCGCUGCUGGGCCAGAUGCAGGCCGAGGACCCCCGGGACCGGCCCGACCUGCAGAGCAUCAUCGCACUGUGCGAGGAGAAGAUGCAGCUCACGUCCUCCUGCCACCUGUGCCGGAGCCUCUCGGCUGCCGGGAGGAGGGUGCUCUCCAUCGAGUCCUUCGGGGCGUUUCAAGAUGUCAGUGAGAUCACCUGGAGGGAGAGACUGGCUCCAAAAAGUGUGGGGCCCAAGAGGCAGCCAGGGGACCGCUCCGCGGACCCAGCGGCCCUGCCUGCCCUGGAGGGCCAGCCCCCGAGCCCCGCCGGAGAAAGCCUGGAGCACCCGGGGACCCCGCCCUCCAAGGCUCUGCUGUCAGCCCCUGUGAAAAACGGAGAAAGCCCGGGCCAGGAGGGGCUGGUCCCCGAGAGGCUGGCCUGCCUCCUCCUGGACGCCCAGCGGCCCCUGGGGGACCCGGACAGAGGCUUCCUGGAGAGGAGCCGCCUGAGGAAGGUGCAGACGCUGCCCCGGCUCCCGCCCUGCAGCCCCGAGGCCGGCGCCCUCUGCCUGUCGCUGACCAGCACGAAAACCCAGCCACCGGCACCAGAAUUCUUCCCUCCAGACCCCAGGAAGCCCUUUCCGGAGGGGAAAAAUGGCCUUACCAGCUCCCAGGCACAGCCCGAAUCCAGUCUGUGGCCUGAGCGAGACGCCGAGCUCUGGCGUCUUGGGGACAGGGGGGCGCGUGGCCGAGGCCCCACAGAGGAAAGCCCCCUGCCCGGUUCCAAGGGCCCUCGCGAUGCCGGCAGAGACCCAGGGACUCCCGAGCCUGAUGACGGGACUGCGGACAGAGCCGGGGAGCCGGGCGGAGCAGCCCUGGAGCAGGGCGUCUCCCUGCAGGACCUCCUGUCUAAGCUGGGCCGGCCCUUCAAGGAGUACGAGCUCUGGGCUCUGUCCCACGCAUGCCUCAGCACCCUGCGGACGCACGGCCAGCACCCAGCCUACCUGUGUCUGGACUCCGUGCUGGUGGCCGAGGAUGGAACCGUGCUUUUCGGGCCACCUCCCGCCAGCGGUGCUUACAACUCGUUCUUUCUGGCUCCCGAGGUCGCAGAGCAAAAGCUGACGACUGAGAAGGCGUCUGUGUACUGCGUGGCCGCGAUCCUGUGGACAGCAGCCAAGUUCAGCAUCCCCCGAGACCACAAACUGGCCCUGCCACGCAGGCUCAAGACGCUCCUCCUGCACAUGGCCAGACGCAGCGCCCAGGAGCGGCCGUCCGCGGCCGAGGCCAUCGAGACCUGCAGCGGUUACCUCCUGCACAGAGGCAUGGACAGCAGAAAGAUCCUAGCCCACCUGAGGGCAUCGACCUGCACGGUUCGCCAGGAGGAAGAGACCAUCGGUCUGCAAAACGCCUUCUUGGUGGCUGAACUGAGCCCCAGCACAGCAGCUGCGCCCAGGCCCGGCUCAGGCUUCCUGCAGAUCAGCAGUGACAGCAGGCUGGUGGCCGUGCAGGGGCCGGGGCCCGGCCAACCCUCCUGCCUCCAAGGGGCCACGUUGCUGCCAGAGGCGUUCGCCUCCCCGGCCACUCACUUCAGGCCCAUCGUCCUCGCUGCCGAUGCUGGUGUCGCCAGGGACACGCUCGCCCUGACCUCGGGGCCGGCUGAGGGGCCUGAGGAGAGGAGAGGCCGGCUGGACGGGGAGGGUGAUGGGAAGCAGGCUCCUGAGACCCAUGGAGCGGCCACUGGCCUGAAGACGCCUGACCGGCCAGCACCCGCUUCCCCAGAGCCCCUCAGAGAGUCGACGCCAAGAGGCUCAGCCCAGGGCUGCCCCAGCCCCCCAGCCCCCGCCCCAGCCAGCCCGCUGGAAGGGGCUUCACUGGUGAUGCCCCAAUCCCCGGCCCCGCCCACGACAACACAGAUGCCACCCCCGGAGCGAGGGCCGAAGGAACCCAUCCCAACUGCAGCUGCUUGUGGAGGCCUCGAGCCCCGCCUCCCCGGGCCCACUGCAGCCCCCCACAGUCCUUGCCACCCAGCCAAGCCGCCCAGGGGCGGGGCCCCCCAGGUCCCAGGCCAGGAGCCCGAGGGCCCCCCGUCAGCCCCGCGGAGCCUCUCGCCGGCCACAGGGAGUCCCGACAGCCCCAGGGGAGCCCCCGUCAGGGAGUGGGACGACCGGGCCCCAGAAGGUCACCCGGAGUGGCCCUGCCCAGCAGACCACAAGCUCUGUCCGUCCAGCGCGGAUGCCUCGCCCCUCUCACAGGGGACAGCCUGCCCGUCGCUGCAGGAGGCCACACGCCUCAUCCAGGAAGAGUUUGCCUUUGACGGCUACCUGGACCACGGGCUGGAGGCUCUGAUCAUGGGGGAGUAUAUCUACGCCUUGAAAGACCUCACCUACGCCACUUUCUGUGGGGCCAUAUCGGAGAAGUUCUGUGACCUCUACUGGGGGGAGAGGCUGCUGCAGGACCUUUUCAGAGUGGUGAACGGGAGGACGCCACCCGCCGAGAACACUUCCGAGGAGGCUGGGCCACAGCCCAAGGGCAGCGGUGGGACCAGCGCUCCGAGCACAUGCUCACCGUCCAGCAAAAGGCCUUCACAUCUCGGAGCGGCGAAGGAGAAGCCAAGCGUGGACUCAGACGAGCUCUCGCGGAGCAACUUUGAGGUGGGGUUUCGGCCUCAGAAGUCGGUAGCAGCUGGGAGGGAGCAGCCCCAGGCAGAAGAGGCCCGGCAGCAGGGCGGGGGCCUGGCUGGGGGCUCUGAGGCGGUGGCACGGCUAGCCCGGCCCCCGGAGGGCGGCCCAUCCGUGAGCCCAGGCCCAGGUGGCUUGCAGAGCUGCAGCCCCGGCUGGUGCAGCGCCUUCUACGAGGCCGACUGCUUCAGCGCCGACGUGCACUGCUACGUGAAGGAGCUGGCGAGGCAGAAGGCUGCCGGGUGCCCCGCCGCCAAUGCCCAGAGCCCGGCGUGUCUCCUGGAACCUGAGUGCAUGCAGGAGCUGGAGCAGCAGCUCAUGAUAGAGAAGAGAAACUUCCGGAAAACCCUCAAGUUCUACCAGAAGCUCUUACAGAAGGAGAAGCGGAACAAAGGCUCGGAGGUGAAGACCAUGUUGUCCAAACUGAAGGGGCAGCUGGAAGAGAUGAGGUCCAAGGUGCAGUUCCUCGAGCUGGUCAAGAAGUACCUACAGGUCAUGUACGCGGAGCGGUGGGGCCUGGAGCCCUGCGCCCUGCCCAUGAUCGUGAACAUCGCGGCCGCCCCCUGCGACACGCUGGACUUCAGCCCCCUGGACGAGUCUUCUUCCCUCAUCUUCUACAACGCCAGCAAGCGCCCGCGAGGCGGCCGGCGGAGGAGGGCCCGCGCCCUGCAGGCUGGCAUGCCGCGGGGGCUCAUGGCCUACCUCUAUUCCAGCGACGCCUUCCUGGAGGGCUACGUGCAGCAGUUCCUGUACACCUUCCGGUACUUCUGCAGCCCCCACGACUUCCUGCACUUCCUGCUGGACCGCAUCAGCAGCACCUUGUCCAGGGCCCACCAGGAUCCCACCUCCACCUCCUCCAAGAUCUACAGGCGCAGCUUCUGCCUCCUGCAGGCCUGGCUGGAGGACUGCUAUGCCGUGGACUUCAGGAGGGACGCCGGGCUCCUGGGGAGGCUCCAGGACUACCUCGCCUCCCAGAUCCUGCCCUUGGACGGCUCCGCAGAGCCCCUGUUGAGCCUCCUGGAGGUGGGCACUGAGCGGCGGGCUGAGGGCGCCCCACGCAGCACAGACCUGCAGGACCCCAAGGAGGCGGAGGACACCGCCAGGCCCCUCAACGCCCUGUGGAAGAGGCUCUCAGAGGACGGCAUCUCCCGGAAGAGCUUCCCCUGGCGGCUGUCCCGGGGCAACGGGCUGGCGCUGCCCCACAAGGAGCGCCAGUACAGCAUCGCAUCCGCCCUGCCCAAGCCCUGCUUCUUCGAGGACUUCUACGGCCCCUAUGCCAGGGCCACCGAGAAGGGGCCCUACUUCCUGACCGAGUACAGCACCCACCAGCUCUUCAGCCAGCUGACGCUGUUGCAGCAGGAACUGUUUCACAAGUGCCACCCCGUCCACUUCUUAAACUCUCGGGCCCUGGGCGUCACGGACAAAAGUGUGGCCGUCCCCAAAGCCAGCUCCUCCGGGUCUCUGUCGGCCGAAACCUGCAGCUUAUUUCUGCCCAGCUACGUCCAGGACACGUACCUGUUACAGCUUCUGAGAAGCGCAGACGACGUCAGCACCUGGGUGGCCGCCGAAAUCGUGACCAGCCACACCUCCAAGCUGCAGGUGAACCUGCUCUCCAAAUUUCUGCUGAUCGCGAAGUCUUGCUACGAGCAGAGGAACUUCGCAACAGCCAUGCAGAUCCUGGGCGGCCUGGAGCACCCGGCCGUGCAACAGUCCCCUGCCUGGAGAAUUCUACCCGCAAAGAUAGCAGAGGUCAUGGAGGAGCUGAAAGCCGUGGAGGUCUUCCUGAAGAGCGACAGCCUGUGUCUGAUGGAAGGACGGCGCUUCAGGGCCCAGCCCACCCUGCCCUCAGCCCACCUCCUGGCCAUGCACAUCCAGCAGCUGGAGACAGGGGGCUUCACCAUGACCAACGGGGCCCACAGGUGGAGCAAGCUCAGAAACAUCGCCAAGGUGGCGAGCCAGGUCCACGCGUUCCAGGAGAACCCCUACACGUUCGCCCCCGACCCCAAGCUGCAGUCCCACCUCAAGCAGAGGAUCGCCCGGUUCAGCGGGGCGGACAUCUCCAUCCUGGCCGAGGACAGCAGGGCUGGCGCCCACCAGGUGACCAGCGAGAAGCACUCCAAGAAGAUUCAGGACAAGCUGCGGAGAAUGAAAGCCACGUUCCAGUAGCGCAGGACAGCGGGCUGGGUGUGCAGUCCACACCGAGGACAGGCCUGGGGUGGAAGGGGCCGUGCCUGGUGUGUCAGACAGGGACCCCCACGGCCCAGGAGGGGCGCCGGGGCGGGAGCACGGG